GCUUGGGCCGUCGCGCCCUGAUGACAUCACGCCAUGGCUGCUCUGCGCCGCCGCGAGUAGAGGCCCCGUUCCCGUGCCGCGCCGCGCCGCCGCCGCCGCUUCCCCCCCCCCUCCCCAACCGCAACCCCGGGCCCAUUCCCCGCGUGUCCGCCCGGCCCUCAGCCAGCACCCGCCGCCGCCCCGCGCAGGAGAGAGCUGCACGGCCUGGGGGGCACAGCAGAGGGACCUCAGCCUGGCCCUGUGAGACUAUUGGGUACUGAUGGACGUUUCCAACAGCCCUGAGCGAAACCCCUGCUCUCCUGAAGAAGAGGACCAGCAGCUUUCUGAUGAGGAAGUCCUGAAGGAAUGUUGUUCAGACCGGGAACUUGAUGGAGAGGGUGGGCAAGGCAGCAUUAUGGGAGAGGAGGAGGAUGCAGCCAGGGGACUGGGCCCUGGUGAAGAGGAGAACCGCUCAGAUGAAGAGGACCGCUUAAGUGAACCUAAGUCUCACGAGUCUGACAACAACGAGCAGAGUGGGGAGCUGAAGAGCCCUCCACCUCGCAAAGUUGAGGAGGAAGAUCAGACAAAUGACCUUGGUGACGAAGCAUCCUCUGUCACCCGUGAACUAGAUGAGCAUGAGUUGGACUAUGAUGAGGAAGUUCCCGAGGAACCGAGUGCUGCUGCUGCAGAGGAGGAUGGUGAGAAAGCUGCUGGUGAGGAUGAUGAGGAAGAGGAGAAAGGAGAUGAUGCUCAUGAAGAUGAGAAAAAAUCCAGCAGCAAAAGUGAUGAUGAAAAGGACGGCCAGGAUCCCCUCAAGGAGAAGAAGAAAGAAGAAGAUGAUGGAGAAAUUGAUGAUGGAGAAAUUGAUGAUGAUGACUUGGAGGAAGGAGAAGUUAAAGACCCCAGCGACAGAAAAGUGAGGCCACGUCCCACCUGCCGAUUCUUCAUGAAAGGACACUGUACCUGGGGCAUGAACUGUCGAUUUAUUCACCCUGGUGUGAAUGACAAAGGAAACUACUCCUUGAUCUCCAAGCCUGAGCCCUUCUCCCCAAAUGGCGCUCCUCCCAUCGGCCCUCACCCACUGAUGCCAGCCAACCCUUGGGGAGGACCAGUCGUUGAUGAAAUCUUACCUCCGCCCCCUCCAGACCCUCCAACAGAAAGUGCCUGGGAGAGAGGACUCCGGCAUGCUAAAGAGGUAUUAAAAAAGGCAACUAUGAGAAAAGAGCAGGAGCCUGACUUUGAGGAGAAGAGGUUCACUGUGACUAUUGGAGAAGACGAACGUGAAUUUGACAAAGAAAACGAGUUCUUCCGUGACUGGAAUUACCGCAUCACCAGAGACGUCAGAGAUCCAGCGGAGGUGGACAUCAAAGAAAACAUUAACUAUGGGCUUGAUCCCUAUACAGAUCCCUAUUAUGACUAUGAAAUAGAACGGUUCUGGCGUGGUGGGCAGUAUGAGAAUUUCAGGGUUCAGUAUACAGACCCAGAUCCAUACCGUAACUACAGAGUAAGUAAGGAAAGAGAGCGAGAACGGGAACGGGAAAGAGAGAACAGACAACGAGAAAGGGAACGCGAGAGGGAGCGGGAACGGGAACGGGAGCGGCGCCAGCGCGAGCGAGAACGGGAAAGGGAACGCGAGCGCGACAAGGAGCGCCAGCGGCGGAAAGAAGAGUGGGAACGGGAGCGAGAACGGGUGAAGAGAGAUGAAAAAGACAGGCAGCACAGGGACCGGGACAGAGAACGGGACCGGGACAGGGACAGGGAACGGGAAAAGGAGAAAGAAAAGACCAAGCCCCGGUCCCCGCUGCUACCAAGCCGUCAACCUGAGCCACCAAAGAAGGAGAAGGAGGCAACCACAGUUACCACCACUCAGUCCAAGAGAGCAGAUGAAUGGAAGGACCCCUGGCGCCGAUCAAAGUCUCCCAAAAAGAAGCUCGGUGUGUCCAUGUCUCCCAGCCGUGCACGCAGGCGCCGAAAAACCUCUGCUUCUUCAGGAUCUGCUUCUGGCUCCUCAAGGUCCUCUUCUCGUUCAUCCACCUAUUCUGGUUCAGGUUCCUCACGGUCUCGUUCCAGAUCAUCUUCUUACAGCUCUUACUCUAGUCGCUCUUCAAGACACAGCUCUUUCUCAGGCAGCAGGUCCAGAUCACGGUCCUUCUCAUCUUCACCCUCUCCUUCUCCAACACCAUCUCCACACAAGCCACUUGGGAAGGCUAAAGGGGAGUUAUUACCACCUGCUGGGAAAGGUGAAAAAUCUGUGAAGAAACUAGCUGCCCUUCCAGUCCCUCAGCCACUCACUAAAAUUACAACAGCUGCACCUGAGCCAGCCAAACCAGGGGAUAAUCGAGAGGCAAGAAGGAAGGAACGUCAGACCAGGACUCCACCCAGGAGGCGGACCAUCAGCGGCAGCAUCAGUGGCAGUGCCAGCAGCUACAGCGGUUCCAGUUCCCGGUCUAGGUCCUUGUCUCGGUCUCUCUCCAGAUCUCAUUCCAGAUCAUCAUCUGCCUCAGUCUCCCACUCUCUGUCUGGGUCCAGGAAGUCCAGGUCCCUGAGCGUGAGCAGCGUUUCUUCUGUCUCUAGUGCCUCCUCCAGCAGCAGCUCCGUACGCAGCGCCGACUCCGAAGACAUGUACGCAGAUUUGGCCAGUCCUGUUUCCUCAGCCAGCUCCCGAUCCCCAACCCCAGCACAGCAGAAGAAAGGAAAGUCAAAAAAAGAAGAUAGCGCUAAAGAGGAGAAGCGGAAACGGGAUGUGCCCGGCCAGCUCCUGAAAUCAGCCAAGCCCACCCAGGGGAGCAAAUCGCAGCAGCUCCCCCAGACCCAGCCGCCGUCAGCCCCCCAGUCUCAACAGGGGGGCUUCAGCGCUCACAAAGAGAUCAAACUGACUCUCUUGAAUAAGGCAGCUGACAAAGGAAGCAGGAAGAGAUACGAGCCAACAGACAAAGACAGGCCGACCUCUCCUCCAGCCAAACGGGCGAACCUGUCGCCUGACAGAGGCUCUCGUGACAGGAAGGCAACUGGGAGACUCUCUUCACCGAAGCAAGAACGACAGAGGGGCCAGAACACAAAACCUUCUCCUGCACAGGCAGACAGGAAGCGCCAGCUCUCACCUCAGUCCAAGGGCUCCAGCAAAGUCACGAGUGUACCAGGCAAAGCCUCGGAGCCGGGCCCCACGGGUGCCAAAGCGGGCAAAUCCAGCACCCUAUCCCGACGGGAGGAGCUCCUGAAGCAGCUCAAGGCGGUGGAAGAUGCCAUCGCUCGCAAGCGGGCCAAAAUCCCAGGGAAAGUAUAGUGGGAAGUGCCCCCGAGUGACUGUCGAUCUUUUUAUAAAAAGAGUGUCAAAGCAGCCACUUUGGGAUUUUGCAGUUCUGUCUUAUUUUGGCUGCGAUUCUUUUUAGGAAAAACCAACCAACCCCACACAAAAAAAACCCCAAAACCACGAAAACCAGAUUGAAGUUUUGUCAGCUGAGAGACGCCCGCUCCAGGAGAUGCCCCAUGUAAAUUAUGCACAGAGGACUCCAGCCCCCCCCCCAGCCCCACGUCGGAUGCUCUCACUAUUUCCUCUGUUUCUGCCCUCUCUCCUCUUUGCUAGCCUUGAGUUGUAUUCUCCUAGUUAGCCCUGCUGUGUGUUGAGUGUCUUCAG